CAAAUAAAUACUCAAACUUGACCAUUUCUCAUUCUCAACAAUCUUCUUCAAUGGAGCUUAGCCUCAAGAAAUGGCGAAACUCUUCGUAUAAAGAAACCGUUCAUCUCGGCAGGAACCGCUCGCGACGACGACACGAGCACGAAGCUGAUGAUAGUAAGUGGAAAUGGAAUAAGUUGUGGAGAAAAUUCAACAGGAAAAUAUUUAGUGCUCCUGUUAUAUUGCAAGCUUCUUAUGAUCCUGAUGAAUAUUCUCAGAAUUUUGAUCAAGGAACCGGGCGGACGGAACCUGAUAAUCUUUCGAGAUCGUUCUCUGCUAGAUAUGCUGAUCCUUCUAGAUUGAUUUUGAUCAAGAAUACUAGUGUUAGAUAUGUUAGAGGAAUUUGAUCGUGAUGAUCAUGAUUAUUAUUUUAUUUAUUUGUGUCUUUUGAAGCAAAUAUUCAAGCUUAAUGUUCAUAAUAACUGCAAUUUUUUGUUCUUGUUUCAUAAGUUUUUCUUUAGUUA